GGAGACAUGACAAUUGACAACGCAAAUGGCUCUCUGCAUUGCUGUGUGUGUCCUCUCUCCCUCUGACUGUGGUGGAAUGGAACUGAAAAGGGAGGGAAAUCAAACAAAACCCUAAAAAUGGAAAAGAAAACUUUGUGACCCACUUUCACUUCAUUACAUGACAUUCCAUUUUCCUUCUUAAAAAACUUUUCUUCUUUUGAACCCCCAAAGUUGCUGUUUCUAUGGCGAGGCUGCUUCGUAACACUUCCCUUCUCACACGCUCCUUAUUCCUUCCUCAGGGUUUUAAACUAGGAAUAUUUAGCUCUUCUCAGAUUUUGAGCUUUUCAACUAAAGGUAGAAGGCGCUCUAAAUCUGAUGGAAGUGACUCAGGGGAAGAGAACAUGCCUAAAAAAGAGUUAGCUCUUCAACAAGCUCUUGAUCAGAUCACUUCUGCAUUUGGAAAGGGAUCUAUCAUGUGGCUUGGUCGCUCUGUCUCACCAAAAAAUGUACCUGUUGUGUCUACUGGUUCUUUUGCUCUUGAUAUGGCACUGGGAGUUGGUGGACUUCCGAAGGGACGUGUUGUGGAAAUAUAUGGUCCAGAGGCUUCUGGAAAAACAACUCUUGCUUUACAUGUGAUUGCAGAGGCACAGAAGCAAGGAGGUUAUUGUGUCUUUGUUGAUGCCGAGCAUGCCCUUGAUAAGACACUUGCAGAGUCUAUUGGUGUGAAUACUACGAACUUGCUUCUCUCUCAACCUGAUUGUGGUGAACAAGCACUUAGUCUUGUGGACACCUUAAUCCGUAGUGGUUCAGUUGAUGUAAUUGUUGUUGACAGUGUGGCUGCUCUUGUUCCUAAAGGUGAGCUUGAUGGUGAAAUGGGCGAUGCUCACAUGGCAAUGCAGGCUAGGUUGAUGAGUCAGGCACUUCGGAAAUUGAGCCAUGCCUUAUCACUUUCUCAAAGUAUAUUAAUUUUUAUAAAUCAGGUGAGGUCAAAGAUUUCAACUUUCGGGGGAUUUAGUGGGCCUACAGAAGUUACAUGUGGUGGUAAUGCAUUAAAAUUCUAUGCUUCUGUGCGGCUAAAUAUCAGGAGAAUAGGGUUUGUCAAGAAGGGUGAAGAGGUUUUAGGAAGCCAGAUUCUUGUCAAGGUUGUGAAGAACAAGCUUGCCCCCCCAUUUAAAACUGCUGAAUUUGAACUUCAAUUUGGCAAGGGUAUAUGUAAAGAAACAGAGAUUAUAGAUUUGAGCGUAAAACACAAACUCAUCUUAAAGGCUGGUGCAAUGUAUUACUAUAACGAGCAGAGUUUCCGCGGUAAGGAAGCCUUCAAGAGCUUCCUAGCUGAUAAUAUUAGAGCAUUAGAAGAUCUUGAAAUGAAGCUCAGGGAGAAGCUUCUUAACGCUGAGACAGAAAAGACACAAGAGUCAAAUGUAAUUAAUGGAGAUGGAGGUGUUAUAGAAGAAAUUUCAACAGUUGAUUCCACCGACGAAGAAGCCUCAGUUGUUGUAGAAGCAUGAUUUUGUGAUUGAACAUAAAGUAUGGCUCACUAUUUUCCCUGCCUCAUUCCGGACCCUGUGAACUGUGAUGCAUAUAUGCUGUAACUGGAUCAAUUAAUGGACCCUUAAAUGGUUCAGUCAAAUGAAGAUCAUAAGAAGCGAUACAUGGCCCAAUGCUUCAAGUUUGGAAUCCCAUUCUUGCUUGAAUUCAAAUUAAGUUAUUGUACUCUACCUGUAAAUUGAAAUUUUCGGUCAUUUUAUAUACGCCUAGCCGUAUGGCACAUGUUAGAUGAGAAUGAAAUGGAUUAAGCGCAUAGGAAGCAAGGUCUUUUACUCCGGAUUUGAGUCAGUUUCAUACCAAUUAUUUGUGAGGAUUUUGCCAUGCAAUUUGCGCAAUGAUGCAUAUGUUUCUCGGUGGUGUUUCUUCA